GGAUUAUCAUCAAUUAUCUGUUAUGUAAUAUUUGCAUCACCUGAUCAGAAUCUACUAAAACCCUAGAAAUUCGUCUCUGGAAACACACAAUCAUGAGUGAACCACCAAAGGAUUACACUCAGCAGCCGUCGGCACCGCCACUUCAGUACGGAACUUUCCAAGGCGUCCAUAACUAUCCUCCGCCGCAGCCGCCGGUGAUCGGUUUUCCUCAGCCGGUUCCGCCGCCUGGUGCCUCCGGUGGUCCGUCAGUUAGCCAUUACGUUCACGGUUAUCAGGCCAUUCCAGGUUAUGCAAUUGCAGAAGGAAGACCUGUAAGAGAGAGGCGCCUUCCGUGUUGUGGUAUUGGUAUAGGGUGGUUCUUGUUCAUUAUUGGUUUCUUCCUGGCUGCGAUCCCCUGGUAUAUUGGAGCAUUCAUUCUAAUAUGUGCUAGAUAUGAUCAUCGCGAGAAACCUGGAUAUAUCGCGUGCCUGAUUGCUGCUAUUCUUGGGACAAUUGCUGUGAUAUUUGGUGUUACGAGUGAUGACUGGUACUGGGAUUGAUGACGUGUCGUCAUGUGGUUAAGCAAAUCCAGGUGUACAGAAUUAAGAAGUGGAUUGAUGCAUAUAUGAAAUCAAUUCAAUUUAACUGAGUGGUGGUUUAAGUGUCUGUUGUUAAAUCACUUUCACUUCACCGUUAUUUAUUAUUACUUUUUAUAUAAAAUGCAGUAUAUAACUACCAGACAAUAUAAUUGGAUGGAUACAUAAAUUUGUCUCUCCUUUCUGUUUCCUGGUAAGCGGUUUUUUUCCGUUCAUUAAUUGAUCAUCUUUAAUCUUGUAGUGUAACAUGUAACACAACUGGUGUUCCAUUCAAUUACAUGUGUUGGUGUAA